AGUCGACAUUUUACACUUGCCUGUUUCUUUCGACAGCGCUGCAAAAUGAGACUACUCUCAGUUUUAGUCUUGAUAGUUGUUGCCUACGCCAUUAUCGCGGAGGCUCAAAUCACCAAGCCGACAACGAAGCCGACCACAAAGCCGACCACAAAGCCAACCACAAAACCGACUACUAAGCCAACAACCAAACCGACAACUAAGCCGACAACUAAGCCAACAACCAAGCCAACAACCAAGCCAACAACCAAGCCAACAACCAAACCAACAACCAGGCCAACAACCAAGCCAACAACCAAACCAACAACCAAGCCAACAACCAAGCCAACAACCAAACCAACAACCAGGCCAACAACCAAGCCAACAACCAAGCCAACAACCAAGCCAACAACCAAACCAACAACCAAGCCAACAACCAAACCAACAACCAAACCAACAACUAAGCCAACCACAAAUCCGACUGUAACCACCGUGCCCACAACGACAACUGAACCAGCAAUUACAACGACAACGGCCGAGCCAACAACAGCCGAGCCAACAACGACUACGGCCGAGCCAACAACGACUACGGCCGAGCCAACAACGACUACGGCCGAGCCAACAACGACUACGGCCGAGCCAACAACGACUACGGCCGAGCCAACAACGACUACGGCCGAGCCAACAACGACUACGGCCGAGCCAACAACGACUACGGCCGAGCCAACAACGACUACGGCCGAGCCAACAACGACUACGGCCGAGCCAACAACGACUACGGCCGAGCCAACAACGACUACGGCCGAGCCAACAACGACUACGGCCGAGCCAACAACGACUACGGCCGAGCCAACAACGUCUACGGACGAGCCAACAACGACUACGGACGAGCCAACAACGACUACGGACGAGCCAACAACGACUACGGACGAGCCAACAACGUCUACGGACGAGCCAACAACGACUACGGACGAGCCAACAACAACAACGGCCGAGCAAACAACAACAACGGCCUAGACAACAACGACGACCGCUGAGUCAACAACGACGAUUGCUGGGCCACCAACAGAAUCUACAAUUACAACAACGCAAAAUUCAAUUUCCAAGUGAGCACAAUGGCUUGUGCGCUUGAGCUACUUUCCUUUCUUUACCAUUUAAUUAGAUAAAAAGAAAACUGUAAUCUGGCCUAUAAAUCCCGGGUGUAAGGAAUUGGCAAUACAUAAUCAUUUUAGCAGCAA